UUGUCCCGAUCGAGACGACACGCAACGGUGAAAAUGGCAAGAACAAAACAGACAGCUCGUAAGUCCACCGGUGGAAAGGCUCCCAGGAAGCAGCUGGCUACCAAGGCUGCCCGCAAGAGCGCACCGGCCACCGGAGGUGUCAAGAAACCUCACCGCUACAGGCCGGGGACCGUGGCUCUCCGUGAAAUCCGUCGCUAUCAGAAAUCCACCGAAUUGCUCAUCCGCAAGCUGCCUUUCCAGCGUUUAGUCAGGGAAAUAGCUCAAGAUUUCAAGACCGACCUCCGCUUCCAGAGCUCCGCCGUCAUGGCUCUUCAGGAGUCCAGCGAGGCUUACUUGGUUGGCCUGUUUGAAGACACCAAUUUGUGCGCUAUUCACGCCAAGAGGGUCACCAUCAUGCCUAAGGACAUCCAGCUAGCCCGCCGUAUUCGCGGAGAGCGGGCUUAA